AUGAGAAAUGCGGCUUUACGCUUUAGAAGCAGCAGCAGCAGCAGCAGAAGCAGUAGUAGUAGCAGUAACAAGGCCCGAAGCAGUCUCCCUUCAUUUGCUAUUGUGGAAGAGCUGCGGGACCGUUUUCGGCGUCAUCAUAGCUUGAGCGCCACGCGAAGGAAUGCCUUGCUGGGCGAUUGGCGGCACUUUGCUGCGAUGGAGCGCGCAGCAGCAACGUACGGCUCCUCCUUUGGACGCCGUACACCCUCCACAGACGGAGUGGCGGCUGCACGAUACCACAGUGGCGCCAAGGAAGGGGGAGGAGAGGAGUUAUUGCGAGUCUUGCGCAGCGUAUCAGAGUUCAUUGCGUCCACAGGGGAAUGCAGCGACCCUGCUGUGCCGCUGCGGCGCGGCUACGCAGACCUAACACCGACCGAUGGCCUCCGGCGGGCCGCACUCGUGCUGCGGUACACCGAAGCCGUGCUGUCGCUCUCUAAUGACCGCAUAGCCGCAAUCGUUGCGCUGACAUUCGGCCGCCGCUGUCUGUCGGGGGUAGAAGAGGAUGAGGAAGAAGAAACAGUAGCCUCAGCGGCCGCCCCGCCAGUCGAUGCCGACGCACUUCUGUACGACGCCACACGGCAGAUGGUGCAGGAGGCUGUGAUGCUGCCGCGCCCACGCGCGAACGGCGAGGUGGAUGACGACGGUGCACCGCUCACACCGAUGGAGGCGGUAGCGCUACUGCAGUGGUGCGCGUGGCACGUGCGAACGGCACUGAAUGGUAUGCAGCACGGCGCACCGCCGGGGAUGGAUGCAAUUGCGGCUGUAGUAGCGCUCUUGACGCGGUUUCUUACCACGCUUGUUGAAGGCGGGCUGCGGCGUGGUGCUGUUGACACAGUGGCGGACGAGCUCACGCUGAGCGACAUUGCACACAUCGUUGUGGAUCAGGGGUUGGGGCUGCUUGAAACGAGUGCGGCCCUCUGUGAUUGUCGCAGCGCCGUAGCUCCUUCUGUACCCAGUUGCCCCAGCAGCAGAAUCGGCACCGUGAGUGGUGGUGAAUGCUAUGAUGAUUAUUCUGUAGCGCAGGUGGUGGAUGAUGACAACAACAUGGGAUGUAACGAAGCUGCUGCUGAUUAUAAUGCUGAUGAUGUGUGGCACCGCCUUGGGCUCAAUGAGGACGCGCAACAGGCACUCUUGUGCAGCCAGAGGGAGCGGUGGGAGCGUGCACUUUGUUUGCUGCUGCGCAUGCAGGGCUGGAACGAGCGUCUUCACGCAGGUGGCGCCGCUACUACAGAGGCGGCAGCGCACGAGGCGAGCACGAAUGGCGCGCUCAACAGCCAGGCGCUGCACACUCUGCUGGCAGGACCGCAUCAGGUCCUGCAGACACUGCAGUACAUACUCGCCCAGCACGGCCAGCAGCGUAUGUGCAUGGAGCUAUGGAAGGAAACGGUCCGACGUCGUGGCGAAACGCCGACCACUAAUCCCAAUACCACUACUACUACUACUACUACCACUACGACUACUACUACUGCUGCUGUUGUUGCGGCGCCAUCACCUUUCACGGCACUUCACCACCCAUUCAGCAUCGACAACAUAAUCACCGCGCUCGCUUUCGUCAAUGCCAAGCCUGUUGCAUACUUCCCACCAAUGGGGUCAGCGACAACAAUGGAGGCGACGCAGCGUGACAGUGAACUGCCGGCGAAGCUGCUGCGGCUGCUGCUGUAUUUGGGCGUCAUGCCACACCGUGUCCUCACGGCUGCGGAGUUUGCGGCACUUUUGCGACACUCAUUCGGGCUGCCGCUUGGCCGCGGUGGUGUGGAAGGGAUUCUGUCACCUUCGUACGUGUGGCGCCUCGCAGCGGCACACCCGCACCGCGCCCGCGCCACACUAUGCAUGCUGUGCUUCCACGUCGUUGUAAAGAGCGGGCUCGCCCACACACUCGAGCUGGAGGACCUGUAUGUUGUCACGAGCAUCUCGAGACAGUUCCUGGGUGGCCAGCUUCACCCCGCUCACCAGAUGGCAGCAUUUGGACAAGGAGGGCGAGAAGAAGGGGAGGGGGUCCCCACUGCCAAUAGCACCAACAUCUGCGGUGUUGGGGAGGAUGAGGGAGGUGUGCUGGGGCCACUUCCGGUGACAUUUGCCGCUGCCACGCGUCGCACGAGGACGGCGACGGAGAGCCACAUUGUUGCCAUUACCGAAGCGUUUCUCUCGCGGCGGCUCGAACUACUCCCCGUCACGGAAGAAUCGCGGCAGCAGCAGUGGGAAAAGGGAAGGGAAUGCAUGCCCCGACGGUCGAGCCAAGCGAGCAGCAGCAAUAAAAGCAGGAGUACCGUCAUGCUUUCUCUUGUGUCGCGGGAGCUCAUGACGCUUCUCACAAUGACGCCGUACGGCAACACCAUUGCGGUGACGUGGCAGGCUGCGCUGUGCGCCAUCUCCAGUGAGGUGCAGCGUGACGGCCUCGACCGCCACUCUGCCAGCGCCCUUGAGGGCCUCGCACAAGGAAUGGCAAAGAAGGCACUGGAACCUGGCGGCGCCCCACUCCUCGAGCCGCUUGUUCGUCUGGCGCCGUUCCUGUCACCCUUCAUUGUGAGGAAGAUUGUGCAGAGCCCAGUAGGCCGCCAGCUCUCGUGGGAGCAAUGCCUGCAGCUGCUGCCAUGCACGCCCUGGGCGUCCAACGUGCAGCGCCACCUGCUGCGCCGCGUCGUGCAGGAGCGGGAUGCCAGCGCACUGCCGUCGGUGCGAGCAAUGAUGCAGGCAGCCUCACUUCCACCGAGACUUCUGCACGCCUCGCCGACGCUUGAGAUGGACCUGCGCAUGCUUGCAAUCCUCUCGGAGCGCAACUGGCGCCGGGCCUUGCUGGCCUACACGCAGUCUUACACACGUGUGCAGUGGGCCUGUGCGCCACACGUGGUGCGCCUCGCCAUUAGCGCAGAUGUCUGGCGCACCACCAGCAGCAGUAAUGUGCCUGACGCGCUUCAGCCGCUGCUGAACGUGGCGAUGCGUGCGAUUGGCGGUGAGAGUGUUGCCGAGGAGGUGCUGCGCACGAGCCUGAGCCGCGGGCUGUGGGUAACCGGACUCGCGUUUCAUCAGUUCCUUCAGAGGGAUCAACCGGCGAUACUGCGGGCGAACAACAAGCUUGACGUGUACGCUGCGUUGCUGUGCAAAGGCCUACUAUCACAGACUGCGUUGGCAGGCACUAUAGCGGCAGUGCUGCGGAGCGCGCGUGGGGCAAUGUGGGAGGGGGCGUGUCGGUCGUUUUUGCAGUACGCAAUGGAAGAAGGAGAAAUCUCACCCAAGCAACAAGGAAGACAACAGCAGAAUCGGGCCCCUCACCCGCUCCCUCCUGUUACUAAUAGUACAGCUGCUUACCAUCAUUGGUGCUCUGUGUUUCACACGAGUGUCCCUGCACAACUGUCGCACUUUGCGCACACCGUGCGCUACAGCAUGCUCUGCUGCCCAGACAUGUGGGAGCGGGCGCUAGAGUGGUUCCCCUCCACUGUCCUGCCGCUUCCACUACAACACCAGCUCCUACUGCAGCGCCUUACAAAAGUAUCAUCUAACAGCACGGACUUCGUGGGGGAAGCUGUCUUGACCCACGGCAAAGGCGGUGAAGCUGCCAUUGCUGUUGUUCCUCCUGUUACUGAUGCUGAAACGACACUUAGCCUUCCAUCCCCGCUCUCCAUGUCUCUCGUGCAGCUUGCGCUUCAGGAGAAGCUGCACCGCACCAAAACACCUGCGACGAAGGCUUCCACAGAGGCUGUCGAGCGUACGUUGCGUGUGCUGCAGGAGCGGGGCCAAUGGGAGCAGGCGAUGCUGGUCUGCGAGCAUGCUCUGGCCAACCGCUGCUUUCCACACAGGGCCAGUGCUAUUCUUCUGACGGCCUGUCUCCCCUCGUGGGAGGCAUCUCUAGGCUGCUUCGCGCAGCUGACGAACCGCAUGCGCCCCGACGCCGUGACGGCGGCGUUGGCGCUUCAGGCCUGCGCGCGGGGCCAGCAGUGGGAGUUGGCCCUGCGUGUCCUGCGCCAGUGUGUCUUAACGAGUGGCGUGCCGGCCCCGCGCGUUGUGGACUACGCCGUGCGCACCGCGCUGGAGUGUGGCGCGUGGCCCGCUGCCCUGCGUGUUGUGCGGCGAUACCACCGCACCACCAACCCGGUGCUGGCAAACACCAUCAUGCACGCCUACGUGCAGGCCCGGUGCUGGAACGACGCGGUGGCGUACUUCUAUGACUGCGUCACGCGGGGCGUGCGACCGCUUGACGAGUCCCUCGCGAUGGCAAUCACCGCCAGCGAGGCUGUGACAGCGGAGUACCGCGGCACCGCGCGUGUGGUGUGCGCCAUCGCGUCCGCGCUGGAGGACUUCUGCUAUGUGCACGGUGUGGUGCUAGAGCAUGUGCUGGUCGUCUACCGCGAGAUGUCGGGCGGCCCGCUCAUCACACCCGACCCGCACCUCACGCUCGUCUCCCUUGCACACACUAGCACUGGUGCUACUAGUGGUAGUGGUACCAACAGUGGCAGGGACACCGCCUUUGUACCAAUCUCGGAGUGA